CCACGAUUCUACACCAUCCAGACAACAUUGUCACAGCAAAUGAAGUUAUCUCGAAGUCGCUAGGCUUGUCGCAUACAUCAACGUGACUUUCUGAAACAAUUCGCCAUGUCUUUCGACAGGUUGUCUUCUCUCGAGUCGCAACCAACCACCACCCGCCGAGAAGAUGAUCCUCACUAUCAAGACGACCCGGAAUUCCAGAAAUUCACCGAGCAACUGUCUAACCGGCUGUUCGAGUUGAUCACCAAUAUUUCACGGCUCUCCAAUCAAAUUUCGAAACGAGAUACCGAGCGAGUGCGGGAGAGAAUCCAUGAUCUUUUAGAGGAGACCCGGGAUGGCUUCAAAGAGGUUGGAGAAGGUGUCAAAAGAGCCCAAACCUGGCCAGAUCUCAAUCCAGCGCAAAGAUACACGAACCAGAAGUUGUCCCGCGAGUUUGCCUCUGCCUUGUCCGAAUUUCAGGUUGUGCAAAGAAGAGCGAUCGAGAAAGAGAGGGCGUCAAAAGCAGCUUUGGAAGAAGCACACUCGGCGCAGUCACCAUCAGGAGAAGGACAACAACAACUCCAAUCUCUAGAAGAGCCCCGAGUGGCUCAGCAAGACGAGGUUGACUUCCAAGAGAAUCUUAUCAUAGAGAGAGAAGGAGAGAUUCGACAGAUCGAGCAAUCGGUGGGCGAGUUAAACGAGCUGUUCCGAGAUGUUGCACAUCUUGUUCGCGACCAAGGCGACAUGCUGGACGCCAUUGAUGUCAACGUCGAGAACACCCUGACAGAUACUCGUGGAGCGGAUGUGGAGCUAAGAAGUGCCAGUCGAUAUCAAAAGGCCGCCCGCAACAAAGCAUGCUGCCUAUUGUUGAUCAUGGCAAUUGUUCUGCUCAUUGUUAUACUUGCUGUCGUCCUUGGUUGAUAUUUGGCUAUCGCAAUUUGGCGUUGUGGUGCAGGUUCUGUUUUGGCACCCUUGCCUGUACAGUGGAGUUUUCUGAAAGUCUGUUCGAUUAAGCCUUUGUCUCUUCAGGGAGGAACUGCAUAAACGAUCGCAGUAUCUACUAAUAUGUAGAGACCAGCAUGAGCGUAAUCACAGAGACGUACGGAGUACAGAGUACAGAUAUCCCCCACUAAGAUUUAUUCU